CUCAGCAGGACGUACCGUGGAAGAGACUCUGGCGAUUAAUCACUUCCCUUUGGAUGUGCUGUUUUGCUGAAACCCAUUUCCUCUGGCCCUAAAAAUCAGUGUACAGCAAGAAUCCAAACUUGAGACCUUACGCAAACAAGCAUCGGAGGCCAAUGCAAUCACAACCGAAGGCAGUGCAGUGUCAAAGAUCAGCAGAAACAUGCAGGGACAUCGAAGCAGGGGUCUGAGGCUCGUAGAGGCAAAAAUCCAAAGGAAACCGAGCCCAGUGAGAAAGAGAAGGUGAUAAAGGGUUUGAGUGCAAUAGGAAACCCAUCAAAAUAACAAUACUAUGAGGAUGGCAGGCUGUAAAUACCUUCACCUUCAACAAGAAUGUACUCUGGAGCAUUGAUGAAUCCAAGAACUAGGAUGACUGAGGGUUGGAAUAGCUUGACAGUCUGCCAACCGUUAAGGUUUACAUGAACUCUCUGCCUGCACAAAAUCAGAUUAUCACAGAUGGAACAUGUUGGACGUCACCUUAAGCAAGCCUGAAGCAUUUCCUUUACCAUAACACUCACUCUUGGCUGUUUCAAUGAAUAAUUCAUCACAGACAGGACCGAAUAAAUCUCUUGUGAGUCUUUGGAUAAAGUGAUCAUGCAGGGAGUCGGGACUUUGGUGCUGGGGACCCUUCUGGUCUCUGUGUUCUCAGCUGUCUCGGUCCACAGCAACCCUUUGUCUUCCCUGCCACCCGCCUCUGUUCCACGAGUCUUCCUGUCCUUCAAAGAGCUGAAGUCUACUGGAACCGCCCAUCACUUUGCCUUCCUGCUCAACUCGACGGACUACAGAAUCCUUCGUAUGGACGAGGACCAUGAUCGCAUGUACGUGGGCAGCAAGGACUACAUCUUGUCUCUAGACCUGAACGACAUCAACAAAGAGCCCCUCAUUAUUCACUGGCCUGUGGCUCCUCAGAGGAGGACUGAGUGUGUCCUCUCAGGGAAAGACAUCAAUGGCGAGUGUGGUAAUUUCAUCCGUCUAAUCGAGCCAUGGAACAGGACUCACCUGUAUGUGUGUGGAACGGGAGCGUAUAACCCCAUCUGUACCUAUGUGGACAGAGGUCAAAGGGCACAGGGUAUGCUCCAAGAUCAGAUGCCUCGUGCGGGAGGCCGAACCAGUCGAGCUGCAGACCCUAGUGCCUCACCAGAACCAUAUGCACCCGAGGAAUACAUUUUCCGACUGGAGCCUGGUAAAGUAGAUUCUGGGAAAGGGAAAUGCCCCUACGACCCCAAAUUAAACAGCGUCUCAGCUUUGAUAAAUGGCCAGCUGUACGCCGGCGUCUACAUCGAUUUUAUGGGAACAGACUCGGCCAUCUUUCGCACAUUGGGCAAACACACAGCCAUGAGGACCGACCAGUAUAACUCCCGCUGGCUCCACGAUCCAACAUUCGUCCAUGCUCAGCUCAUCCCUGAUAGUGCAGAAAAGAAUGACGACAAGCUGUAUUUCUUCUUCCGUGAGAAGGCCUCUGAGAUGGGUCAGACUCCCAUGGCUCAGUCCAGGAUUGGCAGAAUUUGUUUGAAUGAUGAUGGAGGACACUGCUGUCUGGUGAAUAAGUGGAGUACUUUCCUGAAGGCUCGGCUCAUCUGCUCUGUGACCGGCUCUGAUGGCAUUGAGACACAUUUUGAUGAGCUCCGGGACGUGUACAUCCAGAAAACCCAAGACACCAAGAAUCCCGUCAUCUACGGCGUCUUCUCUGUGUCUGGGUCUGUAUUUAAAGGUUCAGCAGUAUGCGUGUAUUCAAUGGCUGACGUCCGCAUGGUCUUUAAUGGCCCUUUCGCUCACAAGGAAGGGCCAAACUACCAGUGGGUUGCCUACCAGGGUAAAAUCCCUUACCCCCGACCAGGAACAUGUCCAGGAGGGACGUUUACCCCCAACAUGAAGUCUACUAAAGAUUACCCAGAUGAGGUUAUCAACUUCAUGCGCAACCAUCCGACCAUGUUCAAUGCUGUUUAUCCAGUCCAUAAGCGCCCCCUAGUGGUUCGUACCAAUGUGGAUUAUGAGUUCACCACCAUCACAGUGGACCAAGUGGCUGCAGCUGAUGGCAACUAUGAAGUUCUUUUCUUAGGAACAGAUAGAGGAACAAUUCAGAAAGUGAUUGUCCUGCCUAGAGAUGAUUUACAGACUGAAGAGCUUGUUCUGGAGGAGGUGGAAGUCUUUAGAGUUCCAACUCCAAUCACUACUAUGAAGAUUUCCCCAAAACGGCAACAGCUGUAUGUGAGUUCAGCGGUGGGUGUCACUCAUCUGGCUCUGCACAGGUGUGAUGUGUACGGAGAGGCGUGUGCUGACUGCUGCUUGGCCAGAGACCCGUACUGUGCCUGGGAUGGAAAGUCCUGCUCUCGCUAUUCUGCAAACCAAAAAAGGCGGAGUCGGAGGCAAGAUGUGAAGUAUGGCAACCCUAUAAGACAAUGCAGGGGCUACAAUUCCAAUGCUAAUAAGAACACGUUGGAGUCAGUACAGUAUGGAGUAGAGGGAAGCACAGCCUUCCUGGAGUGCCAGGCCAGAUCUCCUCAUGUGUCAAUCAAGUGGCAUUUCCAGAAAGAGAACAGUGAUAGAAGGAGAGAGAUCCGUUCCGACGGGCGCGUUGUCCGCACGGAGCAGGGUCUCCUCCUGCGCUCUCUCCAGCUGUCUGACGGAGGGGUGUACCAGUGCACCUCCACCGAGAAGAACUUCAAGCACACGCUGGUCAAACUUCAGCUAGUGGUUCUUUCCGCCCGCACCGUCAACACCAUCCAGACCGAAUCCAGCGCUCCCCCUGCGCCGCCUCUCCAGUCCAGCGCCUGGACGCCCAGCGCAGAGCAGUACAAAGACCUGCUGACCAUCCUCAGCCAACCAGAGAUGGGCCUCAUUAACCAGUACUGCCAGGACUACUGGCAGAUGGGGGACGACCCCCUAGCCAGUGCACACAAGAAGAAGGACCUCAAGGAAAUACAGAAGGACCUACGGAAGCCGCGGAACAGGAGACACCACCAGGAGCAGAGAAGCAUGGCUGAGACAUGAGAGGGAAAAACAUCCCACUCCAUCCAAACGGAGAUUUCCCUGCCAGACUCGAGGUGGACCUCAAGGUCUCUGACUGCCAUUACACACAAAAUAUUCAACGCAUACCCGCAACCAUUAUGGCCGAGGAGAAAAUAAACAGUACGUUUUUGAAAAUGCAUAGUAUUUAUUGUAGGCUGUACAUAGUUAGAUUCUGUGGAUAUCUUUGUAUGGAAAUAGAGCAAAAAAAAGUUUUGUGUAUAGAUCUGUGCAAAUAUUUUGUUAUCAUUGUACUUCCCUUCCAAUAUAUUUAUUACAAUGGUAUUCACACCAUAAAACAUAGUACGACUGUUAUCAUAAAACUUUGUGUAUAUACCACUAACCGGAUAGUUGGACGUUUGAAACUCCUGAUGGACAGUUUGACUGCGUUUGAUGUUUUGAUACCAGAGCUAUGAUGGAACUGCGUCCGUUGACUCUUUUAGCUGGGCACGUGUUCUUGUUCUGCAGAUGUACGGAUAAAGGAAUUUCGAGUAUUCUGUGACCUCCCAAAAGACUUUGAAAAACACUCAUCUUUUAAUCUUCUUGAUCUUCCAUAUGUUGCUAUGCUAAUGUGUGUUAAAUAUAAAGUCGUUUCUGUGUGUUAUAUAUUUGGUUCAUUAUUAAUUACAGCCUCCUGUACAGUAUGUACAUCA